AUGACUGAAGAAUCGGAUCCAACUACUGUUCAGAAGGAAAGCAAAGUAACUGCCUCAGUUCUAGAUGCCUUUGACCUUCUAAAAUCCGCGAAAGAUGAUGCUAAACUUGUUGGAGGAAGUAAAAUAAUAUCGCGGUUGCACGGCAGUGAGAAUGAAAAAGAUCUACAGUAUGUCCUCAAAAGGCUCGUGAGGAGUUUAGGCGCCAAUGUCCCGGAGAUGAGGACAGGGUACUUCGCUACUUUGGUGACUUUGUUGACAAACUUUGAACAAGUCACCAUUUCACAAAUAUUAGACCUCAUCAAAAAAGAGCUUCACACUAAUGGCUCAUCUAAGAGUGAAGUGGGUGAUGUUGCCUUAGGUCAGAUUUUAGUCUGUGGUGCAAUCUUCAGAUCAAAACUUUUUUUGAAAUGUACAGCUGAGGAGCAGGCUCAAGUAAUUCAGUUGUUAGUUACUGCUGGCAAGAAGAAGUCUUAUUUGAGCACUGUAGCAUACCUUAUUCUUCUAGAUUUCAUAAAAACUUUAAAUGAAGAUCAGUUUGCCACAAUAAUAUGGCCUCAAAUAAAGCAAGAAUUCAAGAAAGACAUCAAGGAGCACAGUCUGGAUUCUCUCUACUUUCUAAUGAUGGUCAACUCAAAGUUUCCUACUAAAGUAAAGUUGAGGAAACUCCUUGGUGUUACACAAAUACUCUGUGAAGAAAAUAUAGACGCCAUUUGUGAAAAGAUUAUGACUGGUAUAGAUUUCAACUCAGUUGGUCAUCCCGUCUACAAGGAAAUAGCUACUGGUAUUGCUAACUCGCCAUAUUUACAACAGUUCUGGGUAACAGGCAUUGAUAGUCAACUUGUGAAGCACAACAGAAACAGAGAAUUAGUAGCAAUAAACAUGCUCAAUAUAAUUCUUAAUAACAUUACCGAAAAUGUUAAUCUCAUACCUGAGCUGAUAAGCAGGAACUUCUUCAAACUGUUCAUGGAUUGGUUUAAAGGACUCCAAACUGCAAGCAAGAUCAGGAGUAAGAGAGACAAUGAAGAUGACAACAAGAUAAUGAUUAAAAAACAAAGAGAACUCCUUAUAUCAUUAUCUAAAGCCCUCAAAUCUGAUAAGGUGGAUGACAGCAUUAGGGUGGAAAUACUAAAAAAACUGCUCUUCAAUCCGGGAGAAAUGAAUUUCACAGAGAUAUCAGGCACCACAAUUGUAAAGUCUAUUAUUUCUGAUUUAAAAGAAGAUGGUGUGAAGAAGAUGGCUAAAUUACUAAAGGGUGUUAUUCUAAAUACCUCUAAGAAGGUAAUAAAAGAAGAUGUUGAGAGGAAUUGGUAUAACAAUGAAAGAGUAAAGGCAGCUGAACUCAUUUCAUAUCUUGUGUCCCAUGAAGCUGUUAAAGAUGAUACAGAAUUUAAGCUGGUCUACAUGAAACUGCUCAUGUGUUUUGGUUUCUUUAAAGUUGGUGGAGAAGAGACUGUGGCAGUGAGCACUGAGUUAUCAGCAUCCAUCAAGUCCUGUUUCUACCGUUGUUUUACAUCCCGCUUCUCAAACGUCGACAACCUAGUCACUGUGUUGUCAUCUCUGUGCAAUUUCAUUUGUAGCAUAUUACAAAAAGAUCAAGUCAGAGCUAAAAUAGAGAAACAAUUCCCUCAAGAAAAUAUGGAUUGCUGGGAGAUGUUGAUGGAAGUCUGUCAGAAUAUAGAACAGAAUGAUACCAAGUCAAAAGUUGAUAAAGUAUUCCUUGUGUUGCUCUACCAACUUGGACUAUUCUUAUUCUCAGAGCCUGUUCAUGUUAAAAUAGCUAGAAGUUCGAUCAAGGAACUUAAGAGUUGCUACGAACAUUAUAGAAAAGGUAAGAAAAAGAAAUCUAAACAAGGAAAAGAGGGUGAAAUAUCAGGUGAACCAGAAUGGAUUGAGGUAUUGGUUGAAGUUUUACUGUCUAUAUUGUCAGCUGAAUCUAGUGUUCUCAGAUCUGUAGUACAAUGUGUAUUCAGAUUAUUGUGGGAAUAUUUGACUCCAUCAUCAGUAGGACAGAUUGUAUCUGUGCUGGACCCUGAGAGUGAAUCUAACCCAUUGACUAAUGAAGACUCUGACUCCGAAAAUGAAGAUGAUGGUGAACCAGAAGAGAAUGGUAAAGACAGUGAUGACGAAAAUGCAGAUGAUGAUGAAGAGAGUGACAGUGAUGAUGCGGAAGACGAUGAUGAUGAUGCCGACGAUGAAGAAAUGCGAACUCCCGAGCAGUUGAGACUGGCUGUCCAGAAAGCGCUGGGUGCCGCAGCUCUAGAGUCGGACGCUGAAAGUGUUGAUGCAGACAUGAUUGAUGAAGAGGAGGGCAAAAAGCUCGACGAAGCUUUAGCGGAGGCCUUUAAACAAUUCCAACAAGGAAAGGGUAAAAAAUCAAAGAAAGAUCGUAAGGACAAAAAGGCUUUGUCAGAUUUCAGAAUUAGAGUUCUGGAUCUUAUUGAUAUUUACUUAGAAAAGGAUCCAUCAAUGGAUAUCUGUCUCGGUAUGAUCGCGCCUCUGACAAGAUGCUUAGAAUUUUGCAUCCAAGAUGGCCAAUUUAACGAAUUGGAGAACAGAGUUAGGAAAACUGUUAAAGCCCUCGCUAAAAUUCGAAAGUUCUCUUCAGUUGAUGAUAUUGACAUGAAUGUCCUGUGUGACCACCUCAAAGCGACAAUAGACAAGGGCGCCAGGAGUCACUUUUUGUUCCAGGCUCUGGGUGACAUUAUUACAUUUUUCGCUACAUUCAUAAUACACUGUUCAUUAAAAAUUGAAACGAAAGCACCCAAAUCGCCGAAGAAAAAGAAACCCGUCUCACCAAUAAUCGAAAUUUUGAAGGAAUCCACACAAAGCUACUUCCAGAAUCGUAAUUGUGUUCUGCCGAUUAUAUUCUUCCACAAUGUGUUGCAGACUGAAUGGACUGGCAGUUAUGAGCUUGUGCCCAUAAUUAUAGAAAAUGUUUUUAAUGAUAAUGUAAGGCAUUUCCGACGAAAUGAAGGGUUAGAGUUAAUUGCUGGAUUUUACCGUGGACUAAAAAGAAAUAAACCCACCUCUGAGCCGGCUCUCAAAGCUUUGUUUAGCUUAGAGGCUAAUUUUGAAGAGACUCUAACAAAAUCACUAAGUUCUGAUGCAGAGUGUGCAGUCAAAAAUAACUUUUUCGUUACAUUGAAAAAGUUAAUAAAUACAAUGAGACAGUUCCAUGAAAGUUGCCAUGUUGAAUCAAAAUUGGAUUUUAAUAAAUUAUUGGAGAUUGUGGGUUCAUGUAAACCUGCUUUGAAAAGUAAUUUAAAGAGGGAAGCACAAGAAAAUCAUAAUCAGCAGAAUAAUAAAGGUAAAUCAAAAAAGAACAAAAAGAAAAAGAAGAAAUUUGAACAGAUGAAUGGUAAUGCAGAACCACAACAAAAGAAACAAAAAAUCAGUGAAAGUGAAUAA